GGGAAAUCAUCAUUCGGUCUUCGGUCACCAGUUCACCAGAGUCUACCAGUUUUACGUGACAAAAGCAGCUGAAAAUGAAGGGAUUCGUAGUGUUUGCGAUGGCAAUUGCCCUGGUGGCCAGUGCUGCCGUCGAGAAGAAGGAAGCCGAGGCAGCCGCUGCCCCUGCCGAGGGUGAGAAGAAGCAGGAGAAGCGUGGCCUGUGGGAUCUUGGCUACGGUUACGAAUCGCACGGCUGGGACUCGCCCAAGCACGGUUGGGAAGAUUCCCACGUAACCACCAUCACCAAGAAGGUGCACGUGCCGUACCCGGUCGAGGUUGAGAAGCAUGUCCCGUACCCGGUGAAGGUGCCGUACCCGGUCACCGUCGAGAAGCACGUCCCGGUUGUGGUCGAGAAGAAGGUCCCGGUGUACGUCGAGAAGCAUGUCCCGGUCCACGUUGACCGUCCGGUCCCGUACCCAGUGAAGGUCCCCGUCAAGGUUGUGCAGAAGGAGUACGUCGAAGUGCCAAAGCCCUACCCAGUGCACGUGGAGAAGCACGUUCCGGUUGUGGUGAAGAAGCCAGUGUACGUCGAGAAGCAUGUCCCGGUCGUCGUCAAGUCGCACGGUUGGGAACCUCAUUCCCACUCGUACUCUGAGUUCCACUCGUGGUAAACAGGGAACCAGCAGAACCAUCGCUAUCCACCGGGUGAGAUGCUUUUGUCGGGCGCACGGGUUGAUCCUGGCCGCCGACAGAAACAUGCACCAACACAUCAUACACACAUGACACAGCAACACUCACACACCAGUACCGUUUGAUUGUGAUCCUCGGUUUGGCAACAACGUUCCUCGCUGUGAUGACUCUCCUGUACUCUGCAUCCACAUCUCCAUCUGACCCAUCUGCUCUAACCGAGCUCUUUCCAUCGCUGUGAUCUAACGAAAGCGAUCAGGAGUUUUUUUUCUACUACACAAUCCUCAAAAUCCAGCAUGAUACUUGAUCUCCACUGCUCUACAUCUUCCACUGUAUCUUCACCGGCACAACCAAAGCAAUCAGAGUAGACUUUCUGCCUGCCAGAGAAGUCAAACGGAACCGCGUAAUCCCCCAUUUUCAGCGUGUUGUCAACUGUACAUAAAUUAUUUUACCCUGUCUUACGCACUGGCUGUAAGCAGACAUGUAAAAAAACGCAGCAACAGAUGAGACAUGAAAAAAAUGUAAUAAAAAACUUAAAAAUAUUAA